AUGAAUUCUGAUGCUGCAGUGGUUCUGAUCGGUGACUCAGGAGUGGGCAAGAGUAACCUGCUCUCUCGCUUCACCCGCAAUGAGUUCAACCUGGAGAGCAAGAGCACCAUCGGGGUGGAGUUUGCCACACGCAGCAUCCAUGUGGAGGGCAAGAACGUCAAGGCCCAGAUCUGGGAUACGGCUGGACAGGAGAGAUACAGGGCCAUCACAUCAGCGUAUUACAGAGGUGCCGUAGGAGCCCUGCUGGUGUAUGACAUUGCCAAGCACCUGACCUAUGAGAACACCGAGCGCUGGCUGACAGAGCUGCAGGAUCAUGCUGACAGCAAUAUUGUCAUCAUGUUAGUAGGGAACAAAAGUGACCUGCGCCAUCUGAGGGCCGUUCCUAUGGAUGAAGCCAAAGCGUUUGCAGAGAAGCAUGGACUUUCUUUCCUGGAGACCUCAGCGCUGGACUCUUCUAAUGUUGAACUUGCCUUUCAGACCAUUCUUACAGAAAUCUACCGUAUCGUGUCCCAGAGGCAGAUGUCAGGGCGUGGUGAUGACGGCUUCUCCCCCAGCUCAAAAGUGGUUCCCAUUACCGUGCAGCCCACACAGAAUUCGGGCAAGCAGGGCGCCUGCUGUCAGAAUAACUGAGCUGCUGCAGCGCCACCAUGGGAUCCUGGGAAAAUUUUGUUGGGCUGGGCUGCAAGGUUGACCAUGACCGUUGUAUUCCCUGCGCGUGAUGUGCUUAACAUAUGUAACAGACUUGCUUAGUUAUGCCCAGAAUAAGUGAGUAAUAAUCUUCAAAAUUGGAGAACAAGAGAUGUUGAAAUUGAAUGGAUCAAGGAUUUUCUCAGAACUGAGAGGCCAUGCUUCUUGUUUCAGACUAAUUAGAAAUGAGCAGUUAGCUGGGACGCUCAGACGUGGCUGCUUUUUUUAAAUUUUAUUCCUGCACUUUUUGCCACAGAGUCUGCUUACAAACAAUGGGCUGAAGAACAAGAAAAAGUGCUUGGAAUGCAUAAUGCUUCUUAUAAGUACCUCUUGAAUGGUUUCUGAUCGCAAUGGGGAUUCACUUGUGAAAUCAUUUUUUUUUUUUUCCUUUAGUGUGCCAGCGCAGAAGUAGUCUGACAUCUUUUCCAUGCAUCUCAACACCUGAGAAAUUCCUACUGUGGUCAUCAUAGCCGCCUGUUCGCUCAAUUCUUACAUUACAACGGCAUCUCUUGUAUUUAUUGAAUGCAAACACGGUCUUGUUAUUCUGUGGUGUUUUUAUAUAUUUUUUGCUUUUAUCCAUCACUAGGUUAUUGAUCGGAAUUUCUCAAGGGUUUCUCCUUCCAGUCAUGGCA